AAGCGGCCCGAGCAGUUGUUGUCCUCUGAUAUUUGGGCUCCGGUUGUGCGGCGGUUCGUCCCGCCUGGCGGGGUGAGGUUACCGCCGAGGAGCUGGAGCGGCAAGGUGGAGCUUAGACACUGGCAGCGAGAUGGACAUCCUGAAGUCGGAGAUUCUGCGGAAGCGGCAGCUGGUGGAGGACAGGAACCUGCUGGUGGAAAAUAAAAAAUAUUUCAAGCGGAGUGAACUUGCAAAAAAAGAAGAGGAAGCAUAUUUUGAAAGAUGUGGCUACAAGCCUAUAAAUGAGAAGCCAUCUGGAGAGAUACAGCCAAAAGAGGAUGACCAGAAGCCACUAACGUCAUCAAAUCCAGUGUUGGAACUUGAACUGGCAGAGGAAAAACUUCCCAUGACUCUUUCUAGGCAAGAGGUCAUCAGAAGACUGAGAGAAAGAGGAGAACCAAUUCGACUCUUUGGAGAAACCGAUUAUGACGCUUUCCAGCGUUUAAGAAAAAUAGAGAUUCUUACACCAGAAGUUAACAAGGGCUUAAGGAAUGAUCUGAAAGCAGCUUUGGAUAAGAUUGACCAGCAGUACUUGAAUGAAAUUGUGGGUGGUCAGGAACCUGGAGAGGAGGACACACAGAAUGACUUGAAAGUUCAUGAGGAAAACACCACCAUUGAAGAGCUAGAGGCACUGGGGGAAUCCUUAGGGAAAGGUGACGAUCAUAAGGACAUGGACAUCAUCACCAAGUUCCUGAAGUUUCUUCUUGGCGUUUGGGCUAAAGAAUUGAACGCCAGAGAGGAUUAUGUGAAACGCAGCGUGCAGGGCAAACUGAACAGUGCUACGCAGAAGCAGACCGAGUCCUACCUCAGACCACUUUUCAGAAAGCUCCGGAAAAGGAAUCUUCCUGCUGAUAUUAAAGAAUCAAUAACAGAUAUUAUUAAAUUCAUGUUACAGAGAGAAUAUGUGAAGGCGAAUGAUGCGUACCUUCAGAUGGCCAUUGGAAAUGCUCCCUGGCCUAUUGGUGUCACUAUGGUUGGCAUCCAUGCCAGAACUGGCAGGGAAAAGAUUUUUUCCAAGCAUGUUGCACAUGUUUUAAAUGAUGAAACCCAGCGGAAAUACAUUCAGGGACUGAAGAGGUUAAUGACGAUUUGCCAAAAGCACUUUCCUACGGAUCCAUCAAAAUGUGUGGAGUACAAUGCACUGUGAGAUCUGUGUACGGAUGGACAUAACAAGAAGCCUCAGCAAGCAGCAUGUGGACUUCUGGCCUUAGCACAGCAGCAAAGGAAGAGUUCCAUCGCAGAGUUCCAUCGGAUGCACUUCUUGUUGGGUUUAAGAACUGGGUUGACUUUCAUAUGGUAUUGGAUUGCAAACAAGUUUUUGUGUGUUGUUCUCAUUUUAAUCAGUUGAAAAAUUAAGUCCUAAAGCUGUUAUCCAUAGUGUAGACAGAUGUGUAGACAACAGCAGGAAGGGGGUUUGAGGUGACCUUUCUCCCCAAGACCCAAAAUGUGUCAUUAGAUAACUAGAAACAUUUGAGGGCAGGUUUAAAUUUUCUAUAAAUUAUCAUGAUUUGCACAUUUUUUCUCUUAUGUGGUAUUUAUAGAAAAUAUUUUUUGUAUUUCAGCAAAAGUGUGGGACCAUUAAAUGUUCCUUUACAGUUCUUAAAAGUUUUUUGGAGCCGGGCAGUGGUGGCGCACGCCUUUAAUCCCAGCACUCGGGAGGCAGAGCCAGGUGGAUCUCUGUGAGUUCGAGGCCAGCCUGGGCUACCAAGUGAGUUCCAGGAAAGGCGCAAAGCUACACAGAGAAACCCUGUCUCGAAAAACAAAAAAAAACAACAAAAAAAAGUUUUUUGGAAUUUUGCCACCUUACAGUAGGAUGUAAAUGUUACUGUUAAGUGUUAUUUUUCUUGUGUUUCAGACUUGCUUUGGUUCUAAGUGGAGCACAUCUUAGUAUUUGUCGUAUUUCUGGACAGAUAGAAUUGAUAGAAGGUUGAAAAGCGUAAGUUUACAUUAGUGCAUCUAGGUUAGGGUGAGGAAAUGGGCAUUGGAGCCAGCUGAGUGGCAGCCUCAUGAUGGGGAUGCUGAAGAGGGCGGAGUCCUGGCUUCACUGUGCCACACUCAGUCCUCACUCUGGUCUCACAGUGUUGCUCUUUGACAUUGGGACCACUCACUGCUGCAGUGUUGAGAGGAUCGGGUUGUUCCGUGACAAGCUGAAUGGUUGUGUCAGAGAAGCAGGAGUGGGUGGGCCCUCAGGACUGGCAGUUCCUCGGCUCCGUGCACUAACAGGACAGCGGUGGACAAGCUCCGUGCACUAACAGGACAGCGGUGGACAAGCUCUGUGCACUAACAGAACAGCGGUGGACAAGUGGUUUCACCUUGCAGGGCUUUGGCUUCCUUAGCUGACGUUGAUGAUAAGAGUACACACCUCGUGUUGUUAUUGUGUAAGUAAAAUGCUGAGCCCGCUGCCUGGUAGAGGACAAAAGAUCAUUAUUAUUGCUUGGCAUGCAUUCUUAUUACGUGUAGACCUAGGGCCUUUAUGGGCCCUGCCCUGUGGCUACAGUGGGAUAGUAUGUACUUGUGCAAUAACAACAAUAAUGACUGUAUUAUCAGCAAUAGUAGUAAACGAUGGAAUCAUUAAGUUUUUCCUGUCUUUACUUGCAUCCAGGUCCAAAUUUAGAAGUGCAGAGAAUGGGAGCCUGAGGUUGCUAGAGGUGGCUUGGUGUCACAGUUGCUUAUUCUGGUCCCUCUUGAGAAGGAGUGAAGGCCACUUUUGGCUACUUGAGAUCCAAGGCUGUGCAGAGAUAGGACAGUCUCUGGCAGUUAUUGCAGGGAGGCGUUCCUCUCACUGCCAAGUCUUUUCCUAUGAUUAAAUUAGGUAGAGCUUUGGGGGAUUUAUUUGACAAAUGAGAAACUUUCAUGAGAUGUGCAGCAAAUCCCUAUCUGUGACAUGUGGUUUUGUUAUAAAGGUCUUGUUUAGAAAUAUUACUGGAUAAUGCCCAGAUCACUUAUUCUUCAGCCACUGUCAGGUCACAGCAUGGUAAGUGAUUUUAUGUUGUCUUCCUUUCUGUUGUUAAUAUUCCACAUGAAGAAGAAACUAUAUCAUGUGACUUCAGUACUUCCUAAAAUUGGCCAGUGGAGGCUGGGUUUUUUUUUUUUUUUUUUUUUUUUUUUUUGUGUGUGUGUAUGUGUGUGUGGGGUGUGUGUGUGGUGUGUGUGUGUAAGGAGUGUUAUCUGUGACUUUAGCCAUUCUGAGUUUGAGUGGAGGGAAGCUUGUUCAAAUAUGUGGCUCUCUCAGGACAGUUUUCAUGUCUGAAAUUAAAGAAGUGAUAUAGAAACUCCUGGGAUAUGUAGAAAAAUGAUCUUUUAUUCAAGUCUUGGAAAUUUUACUUCUGCAUAUACUAUAUAUUUUUGUUUCAAUUUUUUAAAACAAUAAAUAUAUACUUUUCCUUUUAAACAGUCACAGUUCUAAUUAGCUAUAUCCCUUCCUGCCUUCGCAUCCUUCCAUCCACAAGAACUGGGAUUUUCUGUAUUCAGACUUAAUAAACAACUUCUUUCCUUCAGAUAUAAAUGCAGGUGCUCCUUGAUUGGAUGCAGGAUUAGUCCUGAUCAUAUAGGUGAACACACAGUACAUUGAAAAUGCAUUUAAUACCCCUACUUAAUUAGCUUGACCUAAACUGUCUUAAAUGUGUUCAGAACACUUACAUUAGCCUGUGGAUAGGUAAAGCCAUCCAUCACAGAGCCUAUUUUUAUACUAAAGCAUUGAAGUUCAUGUACUAUUUUGAAUGUUGUAUGCUGCUAUAGAUUAGUGUCAGUCAUUUUCUCUGAAGAUCAAGUUUGAGGGAACAUUGUGGAGGGACCACUUCCCAGCAUCAGGAGAGGAUUACACUGUGUGUGGCUAGCCGAGGAAGAGACCCCCAAGUUAAUGGUCCCGAGUACAGUUUCUGCUGAGUGCUUUCUGCUCUCAUACGGUGUGAGGUGAGAACUUGUAAUUGGAGAGCAUCUCAUUUCCUAGGAGGGUCACUGUCCACUGACAGGGCUUUUGAUCACUGUCACAGCCUAUGGAGGCUUUCAGUGUUUGCGGGCUGGGGACUAAGGAGAUAAAGCAGGGGCCUUGUCUAGAUAUUGUAAGAGGAAGGGUAAGGUCCUGGGAGAGCAGAACAAGGCAGGCAGUGGUCACUAACAGAACUGGAGGAUCUGUUGUGGACCUGCAAGGACUGGGAAGUAGGGGCGGUAGUGGUAGGACUUGUAGUUUGAAGCCCUUCCUUCUGGUACGUUUUAACCUAGUUCAGUACUUUAACCACUCUGGAGUGUGCCCCCAGUAAAUCAUUCCGGAAUGCAAACCUUUGUUACUGCUGUUGAAAAGGAAUUCUGGAAAUACACAGCUUGGGAAAGAUGAGAAAUGUUUCCUCCGUCUUUGUGGGCUUUGGAUUUGGGCAUUCCUGUCUACUUCGUUUCGAGGCCCACAGUGAAAGGUUUCUCACCACAGAAGGGAGGCCUGAAUGAAAGAGAAUCUUGAGUUGAGCUUUAAGUUUCUUUUGUCUGGCAUCUUGAGCGGAUAACUUAAUGGAUUGUACCUCCUCCCUGCUGCGGUCUUCUCCCAUGAAGCCCCUGAAAGCAUAACUUUAUCCUCUAGAAAUUUAUGCUAUGGCGUCAUUUUGAGAAUCUUGAGCUGGAAAGCACUUUCUCACGGUGUGUUGAUGGAAGCGUUUCCAGCUGUCCAGAGAGCCGGGGCCAGCACAAGUCUCCAGAGGGUCACUUUGGGAAACUGCUAUAGUAACCGGUUUUCAUCACAGACUCUGCAGUUGCACUGACUAAAUUUUAACCACUGGAACUUUAGUGGUUCAAUAGCCUAAAGUCUUUUGAAAUUUUAAAAGCAAGUUCUGGUGGUAUGGGAUAACUAGGGAGUGCUAUGUGGCUGGCUAGCAGCGACAGCUGUGUGUGAGCUAACCACAGCCAAGAUUUUGGAGUUGUGCUCAUUACAAAAAAAAAGGUUUAUACAUUGGCCAAAAUAGUUUACUAUUAAAAUAUUGACUAUUUGUGUAUUUUCCACACUUUAAACUGGGGUAUUUUACACAGCGUGCUUGAACUAAUCCGUGCCCUGCCGAUGACGGCUGUAUUUUAACUAGGCCACUUCUCUUUGUGUAGUUUCUUUCUUGUCCCUAAGCCCUGCUCUGAAAUACUGUCAGCCGCCUUUGUCCCCCCCUCAGUGGCCAAGCUUAGUGCAUACCUUCACGCAGAGGAGAGCAGCAGCUCCGGAGUUUGCAUUUUCUUUUGGGGGGGGGGGGAUGUUAUUUGGUGAUCUCAGCCUCAUUCACCAAGUUUCCUGCAUGGCAGCUCAGUCGUUCCCACAGGCUUGCAGCUGCAGUUUUACAACCUGCCAGAACCAAAUUGCCUUUGCACUUCAGAGCUCUUCUUUGAAGGCUUAGAAAACGUUAUGACCUACAACUAUUACAGCUUGGGCUUGGCUGAGACUUUCUGUCCUGUGAAGGAGUUGAAAUUGUAGAUUGGAGUGUUUCUGACGCCUCCAGACCCAGCAUCACAUAGACACCCUUACAGAGGACUGGAACAAGCUCUGCCUGGCCAUGUCUGAGGCAAUAUGUGUUCCUAUUCUGGAUUUUGUUUUUUGGUGUUUUGUUGAUGGUGGUGGUGUUUGGGUGUGUGUGGUGAUUGGUGGUGGGUAUGUGUGUGUGCACACGUGAAGAUCUCAGAAGACAACUUCUGUCAGUCCUUAUCUUCCACCUUAUUGAGACAGUAGGAUCUCUAGUUUUGCCCGUGCGUGCUCUAGGGUGGCUGGUACAGCAGGCUCUGGGGGUUCUUCUCCCUCUCCAUCCUCUUGUAGGAGUGCUGUAAUUGCUGGCGUUACUGUAUGUCCAGCUUCUGUGUGGAUUUUAGGAAGUCAGACUCAGGUCCUCAGGAUUGUGCAUCAAGUACUUUUACCGACUGACCCAUCUCUCUAGCCCUGGUGUUUCUGGAGUAACAUAUGCUGAUUGUGGCCCUCUCAGCUUAUUAAUACAUUGUGAAAACUACUAAUAAAAGGAAGCAUCAGCUGAUUUAAGGAAGGAAACAGCUUGUUGGGUGAACUUAGAACAAAAGGAGUUUGCUCCUCUUUAAUACACAAGUAACACUUGGCUCUUAGGGUUGAUAUGAAAUUUAGCAGAUUAUAAAGCGUUGAGUACUUUGUUAAGUCUCAGGUAAGUUAGAUUUGCUUGGUUUUGUAUUUGUGUGUUUUCCUAAUUCGGAGAUCAUAUUCUUUGCUUGAUUUCCUAUGUUUGACUUGUUCAGUGAAAGUUUAGGUUUCUAGUAUUCACUCUUUUAUAUAGUUGUGAUUUAUGGGAGUUGUUCCAUUUUGCAUGAACUCUUAUGUAUGCAUUUCCUGGUGAAUAUAAAUUUCUAUAGAGACUAUACCAAGGUCAAUGUAAGGUAUUUAUACUAGUGUAUACUCCUGCUUUUGGGAUUUUGAGAGUUUAGUUUCUCUACAUCUGUUCACAUUUGAAAUGUCUUCUGUAACUUUCAUUUUAGCAUAGUGUUACACGGUGGAUUUAACUUGCCUUUGCCCAGUGAGUAACUCAGUUGAGUACCUCUUUCCUGCAUUUAAAGGCCCUUUAUACAAUCCCUUUUAUGAAGACCCUUACCAAGACUGACUUCAUGUCAUGUCUAAGACAUUCUCUUAGGCAUAGGUGUGGUGAGGCUGACUGUUGUGCUAAAUAAUUGUUAAUGGGAAAGACCUAAUCUUGUGACCAGCUUGGAUAUUGAUAUAAUCUUUUCAGCUAUCUUUGUGUGAUAGACCCUAUAAAAAUCAAGUCAUAUGUCAUUCUUUUAAAAACAUUUAUAAAAGAUUUAUUUUUAUGUUCAUAUUUUGCUAACAUGUAUGUAAGCAUACUACAUUUGGACAGUGCCUCUGGAAGUCAGAAUCCCAUAGAAGUGGAGUGACAGGUGGUGUGAGCUGCCAUGAGUGCUAGGAACUGAAUCUGGGCCCUGUGUAAGAGUAAGUAGCAAGUGCUCUUAGCCACUGGUUCAUCCCCAGCCCAGUAUGUCAGCUUGAAUGUCACCUUUUUCUCUAGUUUAAUGGUGGCAUUCCUGAGAGCAUAGGAUUUGAGGGAAGAGAGAAUUGUGUGUGAAAGUUUGUAUUUUCUGUAAAAUCAUGGUGUUUUAUUAUUUGAUUAUUUCUGUGUGUUUGUGCUUACGCUCUCCUGUGUGGGAGCAUGCACACCUUCGCACUUCUGUGGAGGCAGAAGAGAGCGUUCUAUCCCUUUGAGCCGAAUCUCUGAUUCUAGGGAUCACAGGUGUAUUUACUAGAAUGCUUUGAAAUUGCUGUAUCCUGACGCCCUCUUACCUGUCUUAUGGAGCGGUGGCCUCACCUUUUUCUCACACCAGUUGAAUUUGGAAGCAGUCUUAAGAAUGGUAUCUGCAAGCUUCCCGGCGUUUCUUCUCACCAGACUUGGAGGAAAUGGUAUUGCCUUUUCUGUAUAGGCUGAAUCUUGUGUCCCUGCCUUCCUGUCACUCUGGUAAAUGAUUAGUUUUUUUCUUCCCCUUUCCCACAAUGAAAUAGAAAUCUCCCAGGAGGAGCAUCCAUAUCUGUUUGUCUACUGCAGAUGUGGGAAGAAAAAGAGCAGUCCGGGAUGACUGCAAGAUCUUUGGCCUGAGCCCUAGGAGGAUGGAGCUGCCUUUAAAUCGAGGAGGAAGGCCACUGGAGCAUGUUUGGAGGGGAAGGUCAAGAGUUCAGUUCUGUACAUUGAUCAUGUUAAACAUCUAGCUGCUGAGGAGGCACUGGGAAGUACAGAUUGAGGGAAAAGGUCCAGGAUGGAUGGAAAAUACUGAUGCCAUCGGCAUAAAGGUGGCAUAGCAAACUGAGGUCAGAUGUGAGUGUUAAUGGUUUGAAUCUGAAGUGUUCCCAGCAGGCUUAUGUGUUUGAACGCCUGGUCCCUUGAUGGUUGUACUCUGUUGGGAGGUCAUGGAGCUUUUGGGAUGUAGGGCCUUGGUGGUGUAAGAAGUUCACUAGCGGUGGUCUUUGGGGUUUAUGUCUGCCUCUUGUUCCAGUCAGCCAAGAAGCAAGAUGCCUAUCCUUUCGAGGACCUGCCACCACACCUUCCCUGCUAUGAUGAACUGAAGUCUCUAAAACUGAGUCAAAUAAAGCCUUCUUCCCUCA